AUGGCUAAGAUACUUAAAUGUCCAGGUUGUAAUCAAGAAAUAAGAACUGAUAAAACUCGAGAUCUUAAUAAACACAUGAAUUUAAAUGAAAAUCUUUGUAAAGGUCAAUGUUUACCAGCUUUGCAUUUAAUGCAAAACCCAGUUCCAAUAGGAAAUCCACCCAUUCAAAAUCCUGCUAAAAACCCAAUUCUGACACAAAAUUCAAUACCAACUCCUGAAGGUGAUCUCAUAUCAUUCGAUGAACACCUACCAACAUCGAGAAAAGUAAAUAUGCUGGCAGACGACCUUUUAACUGAUGAUAUAAAAGUGGGGCCAAAAAUUAAAAAUAAUAAAAAGAUUAGAUCAAAACCUAUAUCAAGGACAGACAAAGAAUGGUUUGAUUUAAUGAAGUCGAAUAAUGACAAUAAAGAUAGUGAACCCAGUGAUUCAGAAUAUGACACAGCAGAUGAAGAUCCAGAUAUUUAUUUUGAGAAAAUUGUAGAUCUAUAUAUUAAUAGAAUAUCAGAAGCUGAAAAUUUUAAUAAAGGUGAAGUAUGUAAUUAUUACACAUCUGUUCCCAAAGAAUAUUUUGCUAAAGAAAUUAUAAGAGAAGAUCGAAUUAAUGCAAGUAUAGAAAAAGGAUAUAAUGAAAUUAUAGAUAAAAUAGAAGAUGAGGCAUUACAAGAAUCUGGAUGUAGUUAUCUACCUUUACCAGAAGCUUUAGAUAAGCCACAACUAGGAAUAAUUAAUCCACAAAAUAGGGAUAAUAAUAAAGAGGAAGCAAUAAAAGCUAAUAGAAAGCCACCACAUCUUAAUGAAAUCCGAAGACUUAGACGAAAUGCAAAUAUAGCAAAUUUUGAAGGUAUAAAAUUUCUGGCAACACUCCAUGAUAUAGAUAAAUUCGAAGAAAGCAAUUCUAAUUAUGCUAUCAAUAUAUUUAAACCAUUUUAUAGAGAAGCUUUCAGAAAAAUAAAAGUAGAUAUAGAUUUAUUACAUAUUUCAGAAUGUAAUUAUCAAGUAGAGCAUAUGAUAGAUUUAUUAUAUUUAACAGAAGGUUCAAAUAAGGCUUCACAAUAUUUAAUUCUCUCAGAAGAAGAUAAGAAUUAUGUAAAACCCAAGUAUAUCAAAAACAUGUUAAUGAAACCUUAUUUAAUAACUAUGGAUUUAGAAGCCAAAGAAAUUGAAGCAGAUGAAAAAGAUAAAGAAGAAAAUACUAUAAAAGAAGUGAAGCAGAUAGCAGUUUCAUAUGGAUAUACUAUUUAUUGUUCAGAUAGAACAACACAAAAACCAGUGAUUAAUCAAAAAUCAGAAAAUAUAAUAAAAGACUUAAUGGAAAACCUUCAAGAAGAUCUAGAAGUUAUUUUAGAUAAGCUUUGUGAAAUAGCUUCAUGUGAAAAAAUGAUACCUAAAUUAUGGCAAAAAUAUCAAACUGCAAACAAAUGUUGGAUAUGUGAAGAAAAAUUACAUGAAGCUGGAUAUAAUAAAAUUUGUAUAUUCGAUCCUGAAACCAAAAAAUAUUUGGGUGCUCCGCAUAGAAAAUAUCACGGGAAAAAAUUAAUGAUUCAAGAUAAGUUAGAUAAUGAGCAAAAAGAAAAACAUAAAUCUUGUAAGACAUGUUUGUAUUGCAAAACACAUUUACCAGAUAAGGAAAAAAAUAGAGUAAUAGAUCAUAACCAUAUUACAGGAAAGUUUAGAGGACCAGCUCAUAGUGGAUGUAAUUUAAAAUUACGAAUCAAUCCAGAAAUAAUAAAAAUCCCCAUACUAAUUUGUAAUGGAAGUGGUUAUAAUUUCCAUCAUUUUAUACAAAAAAUAGAAAAAAUGACGAAUGAAAAAAUAGUGCCAAUAACAAAUAAUUCAAAACAAUAUAUUACUUUCUUAGUUGGUCAACUUCAAUUUAUUGAUAGUUUGAAAUUUUCAUUACCUGGUUUAGCUAAGAUGGCAGAAAACUUAUGUGAUGAAAAGAAGGGCCAAACUAAAACACCAGAACAAUUAGCAAAAUGUUUUCCAAUUAUGUCAAAAUUCAUCUCACCUCAUUUAUUAUCAUUGCUUACACAUAAAGGAAUAUUCCUAUAUCAUGACUUGAAUGAAAUAAAUUAUUGCAAGCAAAGAUAUAAAAGCAAAGAAUGUGAAUAUGAGAAAAUUUACAUAAUAACUCAAAAGGACUAUGAUUUUGCUCAUACAAUUUGGAAAGAAACUGCUUGUAAAACCUUUAGUGAUUAUCAUGAUAUUUACUUCAAAAUGAAUGUUCUUAUAUUAGCAGAUGCAUUCAAGGCAUUUCAAAAAGCAUCUUAUUCAGCAUUCAAAUUAGAUUCAGCAAAUUAUUUAACUGAACCAGGAGAUAUGCAUGACUUCUUUACUGCAAUGAAAAGAGAAGGAAUGUUCUUAGCUAGAAGACGUAUAGCUAGAGCAAAUAUUCUCGGAUUAGAAGGUUCAAAACAAAAAGAAUGGGUAGAUAAACAAUAUUCAGAUACAGAAAAACUUAUACUAACUCUCUAUGAUAAGGACCAUUAUGUUAUUCAUUAUAGAAAUCUACAACAAUGUAUAAAGGAAGGAUAUGUUCUUAAAAAAGUAUAUCGAAUUCUAGCAAAGAAUGCUUUUGAAAAAGAUUUCUGGAAAUUAAUGAAUAAUUCAGUAUUUGAAAAAACUAUGGAAGAUGUAAGAAAACGAGUAAAUAUAGAUUUAGUUAGACAGGUAGAUGAAGAACAGAGAUUACAUAGAUUAAUAUCAGAUUCGGCAUUUGUUAGUAAAAAAAUUUUUUAUGGAGCAAAUUUGGUAGCAGUACAUCAAAGACAAACCAAUAUAAAACUAAAUAAGCCAGAAUAUGUAAGGCAUUUAUAUACUAAUACAGAUUCUUUAAUUAUAGAAAUUGAAACCAAAAACAUUUAUCAGGACAUGAUUGAUAAUUGCGAUUUAUUUGAUUUUAGUGAUUAUCCCAAAGACCAUUGGUGGAAGGAUGAAAAUAGAGGAAAUCAUGCUAUUGGCUAUGCAGAAGUUUACGCAAAAUGUUAUAGUAUUGUCUGUGAAAAUUCACAAAAAAAUAUGAUAAAAGCUAAAAGUCUAAAAAAGUCUCUUAUCAAGAAAGAGCUUACUCAUAAAAUAUUUGAGGACUGUAUUUUAGAAGGAAAAGAGGAUCAGACAUGA